AUGAUAGAAUUAAGCGAGCAUUAUUGGAGAGCAUAUUAUUAUAGUUUAAUUAUUGAGCAUUGUUAAAAUUGGGAGGAGAAUUGCAAAAGUGGUUGGAAACCUGGAGAUGAAUCGUGCAUGAUAGACAGUAUUGGAGCUUUAUGUGAGGAGUGUGAUUUAUAUAAUUCAAGAGGAAGUGGAUCUUAUUCUGCAACUUCAGCUUAUUCAUAUAGAUAGUUGUGA